AUGUCGUCCAAGAGGAAGAAAAACGACAAUUCGGACGAAGAAAGUGAUGGAGUCAAUUGGGAGAAGGAGUAUUGGAAGAAGGUUGAGCAGCUGACAGAGCUGGAGCAAAAGCUUGAAACGAAGGACGAAGAGCGGAAGGAAAUGGCUGAGAAGAAUAGAGAGCUGGAAUGGAAAUUGAAACAUGUCAACGAUGAACUCCUUCGAUCCAAGUCCAAGUCAGGGCUAAGUGCGAGAGGUGUUAUCGAGUGGCUUGAGAAAAAACAGCGAACGCCGGAUUCUGUCAGACGGGGGCUGAUUUUGGAAUGGCGAGGAGUGACAUCAGCGAGUCGUGUUUACGGGAACGCGAGCUAUGAAAUCUCGGACGACCUUCAACGGCGGACAACUGCAGUACUUGAAAGGCGGUACGAUAUUCGGGAUCGGGCUCACCGUGCCGCUACGAUAAUUCAACGCGCCUACAGACACUACAAGAUGAGUUCGAGGUUUAAGCAGAUGACGAACAUUCCCAAGGAGCGAGUUCGCAUUCCAAUGGUUUCACUACUCCAGAUCGUACAAGAUAUGCACCAACGACAUCAU